AUGAAUUUAGCGCGCUUGAAAGCGCUCGGAAUCGACGUCGCGAGAGAGAAGUUAGACCUGGAAAACGCGAAGAAGAAGACAAAGACGAAGAAGCACAACAACGUGAGUAAAAAGAGAACGGAAUUUUCUUCUCCUUCUGAGCCGAGAGUGACGAGGAGACAACGAAUGAUGCAAAACGAAACGAGCGAGGAACGAGCGCAGAGAGAAGCGGCGGAAAAAGUGCAACGAGACGAACUGUUUGACGGAGAUGGAAAGCGGAAGAGAGCGAGCAAAACGACACACACGAAAACUCGAGGGAUGGAAUUUCCAAACGUCCGAGAGGAAUUCCCGAACUCUCUGGGCAUGUUUGGACCGUUCGCGAUGAAAACGCCAAAAACGAACGGACCGGUCACGGUCGUAGAGGUUGGCGAAGUAGUAAGCGGAGGGCGGCGACGGUUCGCGAGCGAGUUUUGGUCGCGGUCGGGAUGUUUGUAUCACCACCCGUAUUUAAUCGGGUAUAAAGCGGAGAAAGUAUUUCAAGGACGAGUGUAUGUGAUGGAAAUCGUAGACGGCGAGGAUAGGCCGAUGUUUCGAGUGACGGAUAAGGAAGCUCCCGGGAAGACGUUCGUCGGAGAAACGCCGACGGCGCCGUGGUACGAUUUGCUCAUCAGUAAACGGUUAGGGACAAGGAUUAGCGGGCCGCAGUUUUUCGGGUUUUCGGAGAGGACGACGAUGGCCGCGAUUGGGUUUCAACUGGAAAAAAGUGGAGAGAAGGAAAUGUUGAGACAGUGCUAUUCGAAAGGAUACGCGAUGGACGACGGCGAGGUUGAAGAAGAAGAAGAAAAUUAG